AAGAGCAGGACAGGAAGAGAGAAUGGAUGCCGAGAGUGGGGGUUCUGUCCCCAAAGACACUGGAGGACAAACAAAUGAUGCACUCGUUGACCUUCAGGGUCUGGACUUUGAAUUUGUCGCAUCAACAGAGAAUGAAAACAUCUGGUGUGAUCAAUGCAAGGUCCUCAAGCAGGAACUCCAAAAACUGCAGCAGGAGCACUCCCUGAAUUAUAGCACAUUAAAAAAGAAGGUGAUUUCUACUGACUUGUUGAUCAAGAAAUAUAAGGCCAAAUGUGAAGAUCAUGAUACACAAAGCAAAACAAUGGAAGACCUGACAAAGAAAUUGGAACAAGUUCAGAGAGAGUCCAGUACACUGAAUGUACAGCUGAGUAGUUCACUGCAGCAAAUUGAGCCACUGAAAAAGGCCAAGCAUGCCCUUGAGAUUGAAGUGAAACAGAAAAUGAUGGAGAUUCAAACUCUGCAAGAUAAACUGACAGCAUCCAUGGCUGUGAGGAAACAGUAUGAGUCUCUGGCCAAGUCAACAAGCAGUGAAAAAGAUAGGACAGAGGAGGAGAGAAAGAACAACUAUAAACGCCUAAAGGAACUUCAGGCCAGCUUCAAUAAACAAGAGCAGCUGGUAUCUAAACUGAAAGAUAAGAACAAAGCAUUAAAGGAAGAACAUGCUGAGACAGUUAAAAAACAGAGGAAACUACAUCAAAGACUAAAGGUGUCCCUGGAGAGGUUUGACAAGUACUGGUCAAUUCUGAAGGAGCAUGAUUUGAUACCCAAGGGAGAGAAGCGACUGAAAACGGCCACAUACCUGGAUUCUGAUGAAUCCGAUGUUGAAGAUAUAGAAGAAAAGUAUUAAAUUGUAGAUGAUGUAUCACCUCCAUUUGUGAGCUGUCAUGCCAUGCUGGAAAACGAUGGAACUGAAAAGGAAGGCAAGGACAGUGACGAGGAAUCUCUGCUGUGGACAUUCAGUCCUAUUGUCCACGUCCUGUCUCCUCUACCACCAUCUCCAGCCCCACCCAGACAGUGUGACUCCCCGGUUGAUGGAGCAUCCCAGAGUGAUGAUGAUCAGCUAGCCCAACAACUGGAGGAUGAACUCUUACUACAUCACAGGAAAAAUUUUCAAAAACCUACACUAAAAAAUAAAAUUAAAGCCAAGAAAGAUAUCGGCAUUACGAAAUCUGUUGAAGGGAAGCUACUCCGUCGACAAUCAGCCACAACUAUUGAAAGUGAAUCACAUUUAUCUGAGGAAGAACAAGUGGAUGAAUCUCUGGUUCCAGAGUCUAAAAAACUUCAAGGUUUGAAAGAUAAUUCAAACUGUAGUCUCAGCAAGGAAGAUGAUUUGGUUCGCACAUCAGACACUGCCAUUCAUACUUCACCAGAGGAAGAGGAGAUCAUUAGUCCACGGAGACGAAGAGUUUCUAGUCAGAUUGUAUCAGAUGGUGAUAGUGACAUAAGUGACUGUCUCACCAAAACAGAUUCUUGUCAGAAAACAUCACAGGAUACGCUGCAUACUGAAUCCUCAGCUAACAGAAACCUUAAUAGAGUUCAGGAACAAAGCAAAAUACGUUCAAAAGCUGGGGUAAGAUAUUCCCUUCGGAGGUCACCCCGUUGUGAAGACAUGGUGCCCUUGGGUAAACGACUGACAAGGUCAAUGAGCUCACCCAUAAAGGGUAGCCCCAAGGGAAGUAACACAGAAAGGAGACAGAGUUCAAGACUUUCAUUAUGCAGUGAAGUAGAAUAUUCUAAAACCAAGGAAAAUUCAACAAAAUUGUAUGUUGCACAUCCUAAUCCAAAUACUCAAAAAGGACCCAGUAAAACAAAAUUAGAUUUAGAAAAGUUAAAAAGGGAUUAUAAAGCCAUGCAGUAUUCGCACAAAAUACAAAAUACUGUUGAAGAUGAUGUAAAUUCCCAUUUAUUUACACGCUCAAAAUCUAAAACCCUUUUGCCAACAUCUGGCACCAAGGGAAGGAAAAAUUUGCCCUCUGUCGAUUCUUUUGACACAGAAACUAAACCCCCUUUGAAUAUCCCCUUAAUUGAAAAUCGUAAACAAAAUGAGACUAUUUUAGAUAUAUCCAAUAGUGAUGUUAACAGAGAAAGAAAAGAUGAUUCAGAAUUGGCUGGGCAACAAAAUCAUAAGGAGAGACAAAUGGAGGACAUUAAUCAACAUAAUAGUGAGUUGAAAGGAACUGACAGUCAAAAUAGUGAGUUGAAAGGAACUGGCAGUCAAAAUAGUGAGUUGAAAGGAACUGACAGUCAAAAUAGUGAGUUGAAAGGAACUGACAGUCAAAAUAGUGAGUUGAAAGGAAAUGGCAGUCAAAAUAGCGAGUUGAAAGGAACUGACAGUCAAAAUAGUGAAUUGAAUGGAACUGACAGUCAAAAUAGUGAGUUGAAAGGAACUGGCAGUCAAAAUAGUGAAUUGAAUGGAACUGGCAGUCAAAAUAGUGAGUUGAAAGGAACUGACAGUCAAAAUAGUGAUCUUGUAAAAUGUGAUAAAACAGAUGUAGAAACAGAACAGAAAACAGAUAAGACUGUCACUAAAGAACCUAAUGAUAAAGUGUUAAGUAGAGAAACAGAAUCUUUGAAAGGAAAAGCACUCCAGUGUACAGAACAAAAUUCAAGCCUGUUAGGCAUACCUAGUGCUGAUGGGGAAGAGGAUUAUGAGGAACUUGAUGAAUCACGAAGGAAUACCAUGUCCCGUCAAUCAAGUACAGGUUUUAUCCUUAAAACCUCACCCUCAACAGACAGUGUGACAGAUCAAAGUCUCACUCCUCAGUCUCCUGGUCCCAUGUCACCAGAGAGCUUGACGCUCGCAGAACAGACAUCAAACAAACAUUCAUCAAAGUUUGCUACGUCUUCCCUCUCAAAACUUUCAGAAGGUGCUGAAAAUGGUGAUUUAAGGUGCAAUACAGAAAUAUUAGAAAAAGAAAAAGUGCAAACUUUGAAUCUGGCUAAGCAAACAAACAGAGUGAUGUCUAAAUGUGUGGAAAAAAGGUGUGAAAAUGUAGAAAAUGAUUCCUUAGUUAAAGAUAGUUAUAUAACUAAGGAAGAUAGUGUUGAAUCUUGUGAUCAUUUGUUGGCAGAUGAUUAUCUCAGCCAGCCUUCAACAUCUACAGACGCAUCAUCUGUUUAUAUUCCAUUCUCAACUCAACUCCAUUCUAGUCAAAGCAUACAACAUAAUGUUACAUCCAGUAGAGUUAUUUCCCCUGAGAUAUCAGAAGAUGGCAGCACCAUGUCAGGAUGUGUUCAGAUGGGUCAUAGGUCAUCAUCAUUAGCAGCAGCGUCCCCUGUCUCUCCUCUACCUCCUUCUCCUAUAGACUUUAUCAUUCCUCUUGCCCUGUCUCCCCUUCCUCCCUCUCCAAUUCCUGAGCAGGAUCCUCUGUCCCCACUUCCAGGAUCCCCAUGGCAAUCUGAUUCCAUUUCCCUUAUUUCUAGUCUUACACAUAUGCCUUCCUCUGAUAAUAGUAGUGAUAACACACCUGUAGUUACACCUGUGCCAAGCUUGCUCAUGAACAAGUCAGAAUUGACGCUUCCUGCUACAAGUGAUCCUGAAUCUCAGCCUACUGCAACGUGUAAUCCUGUUAAGGAGAAGGCGGGUCAAGCUUUGUGUAGUUUUCAUGCAGAAGCCCCUUCAGGUGCUAUUUAUGUGAAGCCUAAAACAGUUUCAAACAAACGUAGCAAUGAUCGGAAUGAUCUACAACAUUCCAAACGCAAAGUUUCUAGGACAGAAGUGGACCAGACAACUGCAAAACCCAGAGGUGAAAAAAUGGCAGCAACAAAGAGAAAGAGUAUUGACAAGUUACCAUGUACAGUAUCACAGGAAAAAAAGUUGUGCAUUUCUGCAAGGGCAGAUGGUCCUCUAACUGAAAAACAGCAGUCACAAAGCUCCAAGAGAUCACAGGAGACACAAAGCUCCAAGAGAUCACAGGAGACACAAAAGAUUAAUGCUCUGGUGUUGAAUGUGAUACAGAUGUUGAUGGAACAAUACCUGGAUUCAUCAGAGGUAUCCACAUCAAAGACAGCAGACUCUCUCCUAGCUACAGAUAAAGAUGUGGCUGUCGUUAUAUCUACCUGGAUCCACUGGCUUGUACAGCACCUGCUGUGUUCCAAUGUAGAAAGUUUGACUCUACUAAAGCCGGUCUAUGAAGGUGGACAGAAUAGUAACUCUGACCAGUGUCCAUUUCUAGCAGACCAGGAGGUCAAGUUGCUGCAGUUAUACUCAGAAUUACAGCAGAGAAAUUUAUUGGAUGAUUUGAAACAGAAACUUUUGGAUUCGUUAUGGUCUUCCCUAAGUCUGUCGAACCUCUUACCGGUAAUGGCUGCUUCAGCCCUGAGUCGGAUGUACACAGGCGUUUGUAGAUUAGAUGGUGAUGUGGAGAGUGUUAGGGUGAUGGUAUUCCAGUUACUUAGGUCCACCCGUCUCCCCUUCCAUAGUUUGGGUGUUGCCAUUGCAGGGGUGUGGCCCUUGGUUCUAUACAAAACCAAAAAAGAUGAAUACUCAAUGUUAGCAGUUAUAGAACAAAAAGUGACCCGGACACUCAACACAGGCAAACAGGAAGAUGAAAAGGUGCUGGAGUGUUACUACCGUCUCUGUAACUGGUGUCGUGUCUCCUUAGACAGUCAUGCGUUGUCCAAGCAGCUCCAUUCAGCUAUGGCAUUGGAAACUAGAGAGACAAAACCUUGUCAAGAUAAGAUAUUCUCACUGAUGCGCAGUCUUGAACUGCUGUUUAUGUUGGAACCCAUAGAGUUUUACCUAAUCCAUAGUGGCUUAAACUCAGUCUGCCAGAAAUGUACAAACCCCAAAAAAGUAAAAACUGGAGACACCCUGGACCAAGCGUUUGAUCCUGAGUAUGCCAAAUGUGUUUUCAGAUUGCUUGGUUGUAUAUUACCCAAGAAACGUGACGCCCGGCAGAAAAAUAUCAACCAAGCAGUAAAGAAUUUACAGAAAGUUUUGAAAUCGGAAGUACAUCUGGAUGUGAAGAUCUGUGUGGUAGAAACAUUACUGGAACUUUGUGUCCUCAAUCCAACUGUUACCCUGAACAUCCUUCAGGACUGGUAUAACUCUCACAGAUCUCAAGUUCCUCUAUCUCUCCGACCAAAACUUGUCUGGACAAGGGAAAUCAUGCUGAAGAAAUACCCUUUACUCAAGUGCCAACCUUUUAGUUAAUUGAUUUGUUUCAUUUAGUGGCAAAACUCCUUCUUGUACAGAACCCAGAAAUUAUAUGUUUAUCAUCAUUAAUCAUUCAUUUAAACAGUAUGAAUAAAUGAAAGAUAAAUAGUUGAUACUAUUUGAAAAAGAAGGCAGUUUUAUAUAUAUCACAUUCCAAGGAGUUUAAUUGAUUGGAUCAGAUCUAGAGUUUAUAUUUAUGCAAUACUCCCGACCUUGUGGUUUUAUCUGGCUAGCUGAUGACCCUUGCCAAGGUCUAUAUAGACUUCUAUAGGGCCAUGAUUAAUGUCUGAGGAUAUAACAACAUAAAAAUAAUACAGUGUAAGAGAAGGAGUUGUUCAGUGUUGUAGAAUCCUCCAUCAGACAUUGUGUUCCCUUAACUUUACACACAACAGGGUAAUAUAUUCCUUUUGUCAUCAAACAUGGCACCUCCAUUUAUUUUUUUGUCAAGAAUAUGGUGAUAUGAUAUAGAGUGGCAUGCAUUUUACAGUAUCUUAGAGAUUACACGUUAACAUGGCUUUUAUCAUCUUCCAUCAUCUGUAAAUAGUGUUGUCAUGACACAUUGUAGGCGUUAACAAAUAGUCAUUUAAUCUAUAUAUAAAGUCAUAUAUACUGAUGUUUCUGACUUUGUAUUGGCUGUCAAAACAAAACACGAGAAGCAAUACAAAGUAUAUUAUGCUUCACAGAUACU